AUGCAGAGCGAGAAGGAGCAGCAUCAGAGUACUACGGUGGUGAGCCAUCUCCCUGGCUACCAAGGACCUCUCCCCUUCUCCCUGCAGACAGGCUACGUGGAGGUGGACGAGAGCAACGGCGUCCGCUUCUUCUACUACUUCGUUCAGUCGGAGAGGAAUCCGGCGGAGGAUCCCGUCUUGCUCUGGCUCACCGGCGGCCCCGGAUGCUCCGGCUUCUCCGCCCUCGUCUACGAGAACGGUCCUCUCAGUUUCCAGACGCAUUCCUACGUCGAUGGUCUGCCAGAGCUGGUGUAUAGGCCAGAUUCCUGGACCAAGGUGGCCAACAUCAUCUUUCUGGAUUCCCCUGUUGGAGCUGGCUUUUCAUACUCUGCAACAGAAGAUGGAUACAACUCCUCCGAUACCAAAACCAUUGAUCAAAUCGCCAUCUUCCUUACCAAGUGGUACGAGGAGCAUCCAGAGUUCUUAUCCAAUCCACUUUACAUUGCCGGAGAUUCGUAUUCUGGCUUAAUUGUGCCACCUCUAACCUUGAAAAUUGCUAGAGGUAUGGAAAUGGGUGAUCGGCCUGUUCUUAAUUUGAAGGGCUACAUCCUAGGCAACCCAUUAACAGAUCGCAAGACUGAUUUUGCUGCUAGAAUUCCAUAUGCACAUAGGAUGGGUCUCCUAUCCGAUGGACAAUAUAAGAUAUACAGGGAAAGUUGUGGCGCCGACACCGAUGCGGCCCAAAACGUGGAAUGCACAAAUUGUCUCGAGUCAAUAGAUAAGUGUUUGAAGGGCAUUAACAUGCACCACAUCCUCGAACCUGAAUGUCCUGAAUACGAUGGAAAUUCAGUAGGCGGAAGGAUUCUGCUUGGCCACAACAAUGCAGAGCUUCCCUUGUCUGACAUUUGUUCAGAGUGCAGAGAAGCGGGAUAUACCAUGUCCAACAUAUGGGCAAACGACAAGGGAGUAAGAGAGGCUCUGGGUGUUCACAAUGGAACAGUUCGUUCGUGGUUGAGGUGCAACCAUGGCAUGCCGUACAACGGUGACAUCUCGAGCAGCGUGGAGUAUCACCGCAGUGUCACCACCAGUGGCUACCGGAGUCUAAUUUACAGUGGGGAUCACGACAUGACUUGGCCUUUCAUCGGCACCGAGGCGUGGAUCAGGUCACUCGGCUUCCCCAUCGUGGAUGAGUGGAGGCCGUGGUAUGUCACCGGCCAAGUUGCAGGGUUUGCCACAGUGUAUUCCAAUAACUUCACCUUUGCCACAGUCAAGGGCGCUGGUCACACUGCUCCGGAGUACAAGCCCAAGGAGUGUUUGGCCAUGUUCUCCAGCUGGCUCUCCAACCGUCCACUCUGA